CAUUACUUUAGAUUGAUGGAAAGCUGAGCCAAAUCUCGAAUAAUGCCUCUGCUGGAAAACUGUUCAUCUGGGGAAGGCGCCUUCUUCCUCCAUAACAACUGCCCACCACCACGCCUUGUUCUCCCUCGCGUGGCUCAACUCAUCAUUCCAUGGAGAAUUUCCAAGGCAGUUUAACGGAGCAUCUGGUUGUGGUGGAUGGUGGUAGCGAAAUCAAAAUCCGGGUUAGUGGGCUCACGAAGGAUUCAAACAAUGGCGUCACCGUACUCAACAAGGUCAGCCUGGAUAUACCCAGAGGUGUAAUCGUGGGGAUUAUUGGGCCGAGUGGUAGCGGAAAAUCAACUUUCUUGAGAGCUCUCAACCGCCUAUGGGAGCCUCCUUCUGGCACAAUCUUCUUGGAUGGUAAAGAUAUAUGUGAGUUGGAUGUGCUGAGCCUUCGCCGCCAUGUUGGGAUGUUGUUUCAGCUCCCUGCUCUUUUUCAAGGUACUGUUGCAGAUAACAUCAGAUAUGGACCACAGUUAAGAGGGAAAAAACUUGGUGACAAUCAUGUCCACAAAUUGCUUACCCUUGCUGAUCUCGACUCCUCUUUCUUCAACAAAUGUGCUGCUGAGUUAUCUGUUGGUCAGGCUCAAAGGGUUGCACUUGCUAGGACCUUGGCUAAUGAACCACAGGUUCUGUUACUAGAUGAGCCAACCAGUGCACUGGAUCCCAUAUCAACACAGAAUAUCGAGGAUGUGCUUGUAAAGCUGAAGAAAGAUCACAACAUGACAAUUGCAAUCGUCUCUCACAGUAUCAAACAAAUACAGAGAAUUGCUGAUAUGGUUUGCCUUCUUGUUGGCGGUGAAAUCGUUGAAAUUCUAAAACCCGAUCAACUCUCUGAAGCUAAGCAUCCCAUGGCACAAAGGUUUCUCCAACUUAGCUCCUAGUUUGUGUUACUGUUAUCAGCUCACUAUUUUAUGCCCGGGUUUGAUAGAAUGAUAGGUACGAGUUUGCCAUGUGACUAUAAGUGGAACUAUUUCUGGUCUCACAUUAGUUGAGAGUAGAGAAUAUCUCAUCUUUCAAAUGCUGUUGGUAACUCAUUUUUUCAAAGUAAAACCAUGGUUCAUUA